UGCUCCCGAGGGAUGCCCCACGCCAGCGGUGCCGUGGCCGUGUCUGCCCUGCCGCCGGGCCCCGCUCCUCCCGCCGCACCCUGUUUCGGGCUCGCACCGACAGCCAGGUGGGUCCUCACCCGCUGGGGGCUCAGCGGGGGCCACUCAGUGCCCAGCGAAGAAGGGCAAAGCAGGGCCCGCAGGUCCGAGGCCGGGCAAGACAGUCCUGCAGCGGGGAGCACUGGCACCUCUGUGCGUCGCACUCGGAUGGCGCAGCCCGGCGGGCGGAAGAGGCGCGGCCGCGCUCCGCCGGGACUGGCCGGGCGGGCGGAAGCGGCGGACGCCAGCGGCGGGCAGGGCGGGGCUAUGGGCCAGCGGCGGUGGUGAGCGACGCGGGCAUGGCGGCGGCCCGCGGCUGCCCCCCGGCGGGCUCCGGGGACCGCGCCCUGACCGAGCUGCUGUUGGAGUUCUCCCGUACACAGUACCGCGCCAAGGAUGGUGGCGGUGCCGCUGCUAAGGUGGAGCGGAUCGAGCGGCGGUGCCUGGAGCUCUUCGGCCGCGACUACCGCUACAGCGUGAUCUCCAAUGUGCACGGCGAGAUCUGCGCCCACUACCCGCGGCACAUCGUCCUCCUGGAGCGUGAUGCCAACCGCGACCCGUUUGAGAGCACUGUGCAGGUUGGCAAGCUGCAGGACCUUAUCAACCGAAGUAAGAUGGCAAGGUGUAGAGGACGAUUUGUGUGCCCAGUCAUUCUGUACAAGGGGAAGCACAUCUGCAGAUCGGCAACGCUGGCCGGCUGGGGAGAGCUCUACGGGCGCACUGGCUACAACUACAUCUUCUCAGGAGGUUCUGAUGAUGCUUGGGCAGAUGCAGAAGACAUCUCAGAGGAAGAUCCUGCACUUAGAAAUGCAGAUUCCCAGCUGUUUGACAAGGUCAGAGGGCACGACAUCAAGCUCCUUCGCUACCUGUCUGUCCGGUAUAUCUGUGACCUGAUGGUGGAAAACAAGAAGGUGAAGUUUGGCUUGAAUGUGACGUCUUCCGAGAAGGUGGACAAAGCUCAACGCUACGCUGACUUCACACUUCUCUCCAUCCCAUAUCCAGGCUGUGAAUUUUUUAAGGAGUACAAAGACCGGGAUUAUACAGCUGAAGGUCUCAUAUUUAACUGGAAACAGGAUUAUGUAGAUGCUCCAUUAAGUAUUCCAGUCUCUCUGACCCAAUCUCUCAAUAUCGACUGGAGCGAGUACCAGAGCUGGGACCUCGUACAACAGACGCAGAACUACCUGAAGCUGCUGAUCUCCAUCAUCAAUAGUGAUGAUGACAGCGGGCUGCUGGUGCACUGUAUAUCUGGCUGGGAUCGAACUCCUCUCUUUAUCUCCUUGUUGCGCCUCUCCUUGUGGGCUGAUGGGCUGAUCCACUCAUCCCUGGAGCCAGCUGAGAUUCUCUACCUGACAGUGGCCUAUGACUGGUUCCUCUUUGGGCACAUGCUGGUCGAUCGGCUCAGUAAAGGAGAAGAGAUUUUCUUUUUCUGCUUCAAUUUUCUGAAGCACAUCACCUCUGAGGAGUUCUCUGCUGUGAAGUCGCAGAGAAGGAAGAGCUUGCCAGCUGGCUUCACCCUGGAAGAGAUCUGCAUGCUCAAGCAGAGAGACCGAGGCAGCACCACAAGUCUGAGCAGUGACUUCUCCCUGGGAAUGGAAAGUUCCCCUGGAGCAGCUGGGAGCUUCACCUAUGAAGCAGUGGAGCUGAUGCCAGCAGGAGCACAGGCUCAAGCAGCAUGGAGGAAGAGCUGUGCAUCAUCACCACAAGCCGUGCUCUGGAGCAGGGCACAGCAGUCUGAAGACAGGCUGCCUUCCACAGGGAUGGCUGAAGUCAAGUCCUCCAGCUCCUCCUCAUCAACCCAUUCAGAUAACUUCCUGAGGAUUGGAAGCAGCCCACUGGAAGUGCCCAGGUCAAGUGCAUGCCUCGACUCCGCAAGCUUUGGCAUCUCUGCAUCCUGCAUGCUUCAAGCUCACAGCACUUCCUCUGUCAAAUGCAUCCUCAGGGGGUUGAAAUGGCUGUCACGUAGGGGAGGAAGCCUUCCAAACCAAGCAGACCUCACUCUGCAUCUAUCCUGUCUGCCUUUCCCCCUGCUGACCUUCCUGACGCUGCAGAGUGAGAAUAAAGCAACUCUGGGUGCUGGUGGCAAGCAGAGGUACAUUCUGCCGGGAGCAAGCUGUGAGCACCAUGCCAGCACAAAGGAUUGCACCCUGAGGGCUGUGUGCUCCUGCUGGGCAACUGGAGAAUGGGGGCCCUGGGCCUGAGUCUGAUCUCAAGCCAUAACGAAAGGUAUUCUGGCACCUUUCUGGAGUCUGAUGCUGCAGUAGGGCACAGCUGGGCAAGGGAAGAAAAGAGCAGAGCCUGUGGAGCAAACGCCAUGUGUUUGGGCCAACAAGGGAUAAAGAGCCUCUUAGAUAAGAGGUUGCUGUUAACAGCAUCAAAGACUAAUGUGGUCUCUGCAGGUUUGCCAAUGAGUCUUAGAAAUUUCUAACCAUCCCCUUCAAAAACAGCCACCGGCCAAAUUUUAGCUCAUCAGAUGGAAAAUAAAAUGACAAACAAGUAAAGUAUGGAAAAUUUAUAA